AACGCUUCGGAGGACAACUUCAGCAAAGCCAACCUAACCUAAGCGCAAAAUGUUCAAACUAUCGUUUGCCGUGCUGGCCCUGCUGGGAGCUGCACUAGCCUACGAGCAUCACGGAUUCGUCAGUGAGGUUAAGCACAUCCCGUACAAGUACUUCGGUGGCGGCAGCAUUGGCGGUGGACAGGGUGGAUUUGAGGGUGGCAUCGCAGGCGGAAUUGGCGGUGGAUUCGAGGGCGGCUACGAGGGUAAGGACUACUAUGCCUACCCGAAGUACAAGUUCGAGUACGGAGUUAAGGACUACCACACCGGUGAUCACAAGAGCCAGUGGGAGGUGCGCGACGGCGAUGUGGUGAAGGGCGAGUACACGCUGGAUGAGCCGGACGGUUCGACCCGUAUCGUGAAGUACCACGCCGACAGCAAGAACGGAUUCGAGGCCAUCGUCAAGAACAUUGGCAAGGGAGGACUGCAGCAGGAGGGUGGCUCGAUCGGCGGUGGCAUCGAGGGCGGUAUCGGCGGAGGAUAUGGAGGAUACGGCCACGGCUACAGCUACAGCAAGCUGAAGAAGUUCAACUAAAACCAUUGUCCCCCUAAGUAUUAGCGAAAAUGAGGAUCUACUGAUAUUGAUUGUGUACAGGAAAAAAUAAGCAGCAACAUGAAAUAAUACAGUUUCUAUGAAAUUGAACAC